AUGCUUGUUGAAGAUCAAUCGGCUCGUGCUAUGUUGACCAAGAAGUACGCGCAUUGUCCGCUGAAGAAGCGGCCGGUAAUGGUGCGGGAGGAGCGGCCGGCGACGCCGCCUACCACACCGCCCCACCCCGCCCACAUGCCCACCAGACUUUACUACGAUUACAAUCAUUGUGAUAUGGAAAAUGAUGAACCACAAAAUUUGAGCACUAAACCAGAGGAUUUAUCCAAGACUGGGAAUUACCCUAGCAAAGCUUCAUCACCAGUAGCAGCCGCUGCUGUAAAGUUGGAGCCACGGGAAUGGUCCCAACAAUUGGAGUACUUGGCAGCUUGUCGUGCUCGCCUGGAGCCCACUGAGCUCGCCCGACCCACGCCUCACUAUCCAUACCUGCCCACACUAUAUCCCACAUAUCCCAUGGAAGAUCUCUACCCCGCCGCCCCCGCACUAUCCCCGCCAACGCAAAUGUACUCGCGGUACUCUCCAGCGUCACCUCCAUCAUCAUGUUCACCACCUCCCUGUCCGGAAGACUUACGUUCCCCUGGAUCUGUGUCAUCAGACUCAGGAGUAUCAGUAUCAGCUCCCCGCCGUCCACGCUACCAAUGCCCCGACUGUGCAAAAUCGUAUUCCACAUACUCAGGGCUCUCCAAACACCAACAGUACCACUGCGCUGCAGCGGAAGGAAGUUUAGCAAGAAAAUCAUUUAGCUGCAAAUACUGCGCCAAGGUUUACACAUCCCUUGGAGCACUGAAGAUGCAUAUCAGGACACACACAUUGCCGUGUAAAUGUCACUUAUGCGGCAAAGCGUUUUCAAGACCCUGGUUACUACAAGGACACAUCCGUACUCACACUGGGGAGAAACCAUUCUCGUGCCACCAUUGCCGCAGAGCAUUUGCAGACAGGUCGAAUCUACGCGCACACCUGCAAACUCAUUCUGAUGUUAAAAAGUACUCGUGUUCCGGAUGCGGAAAAACAUUUUCAAGAAUGUCCCUCCUGAGUAAACACUUAGAAGGCGGAUGUGGCGCACCAGCUACAUCACCAUAUGAAUACAGACCUGAAACCCUUCCUACGGGUCACCCUCACCAAGCUCUUACGGCGACGGCCCCGGUCCACGUCUAUUAA